AACGAAAACGAAGGGAUAAUGCGGCGAGUGAGGUCCAAGAAUUUGGUCGUUCUAAUUACUAGACGGAGAACGGCUCUCGUCCCCAGUCCACUCCAUCUGCCGUCCAGCCUGAUGAAGACUCGAGAAGAGGUCCGUGAUCCGGUCGCUGGUGGCAACUCCAUGCGUCCAUCCGCGGAGGACUAAAGCGACGGGGCCGUACGCUCACCGCCAACGGGGUGGGUGAGGGUAGGAGGGACCCCUCUCGACUGCCGACGCCCCCGCACCCAACCCCUACAAUUAAUAGCAUAACAAAAAAUGUCUGGCAGAGGGACGGAUCUGUGAUUCGAUUCUAGGGCUAGGGAUUUUUUAGCUGGCUUGGUCGGAUUUGUCGUCGUGCUUCCUCGUCGUCGAUGGCUGCUCCACCUGCUAGGGCUCGGGCAGACUACGAUUACCUCAUCAAGCUCUUACUGAUCGGCGAUAGCGGUGUUGGCAAGAGUUGCCUUCUUUUGCGUUUCUCGGAUGGGUCUUUCACCACCAGUUUUAUCACUACAAUUGGCAUUGAUUUUAAGAUAAGAACCAUCGAGCUGGAUGGCAAACGGAUUAAACUGCAAAUCUGGGAUACAGCCGGGCAGGAACGGUUUCGAACAAUCACAACAGCUUACUACCGUGGAGCCAUGGGUAUUUUGCUUGUUUAUGAUGUUACUGACGAAUCAUCUUUUAACAACAUAAGGAACUGGAUUAGGAACAUUGAACAGCAUGCUUCUGAUAGUGUAAACAAAAUUCUGAUCGGCAACAAGGCUGACAUGGAUGAGAGCAAAAGAGCGGUGCCAACCUCCAGGGGACAAGCACUUGCCGAUGAAUAUGGCAUUAAAUUUUUUGAAACAAGUGCAAAGACAAAUCUAAAUGUGGAGCAGGUCUUCUUUUCGAUAGCUAGAGAUAUCAAGCAGAGGAUUGCAGAAAGCGAUAACAAACCUGAGGAGCGGACAAUUAAGAUCAGCAAACCAGAUCAGGCAGCUGAUGAGGCUAAAGCACCGGAAAGAUCAGCAUGUUGCGGUUCCUAAAAAUCUUUUUCUUGUGCGUAGGAGGGGGUAGGUUGGACAGUGUUGAUUUUAUGGGGAACCAAUUUGGUUGUCAUAUAGAUCACGAUUGUGGAGAUAAUGAUGGUGGUGGGUGCUUGUAUUUUCAGUCUUUUCAAUUCUUUUCAACCAUUAGUUUUAGUGUGAUACUUUUAUGUGGACAA